AUGGCCCAAUUCCGCGCAAAGAAACUCGACCUAUCCUGCUUCAUCAACAGCAAAAUCAUCCGCGACCACACCAAGCGCAAAGUCUUCGAGCAGCACGAACCCGAACGACAGGCCCUUCGCUACAUCAUCCGCAAUACCUCCCUACCGCAGCGAACACGGGCGCAGGCGCAAUUACAGCUCGCGCAGAUGCAUUGUUAUACGCGAUCGACGCAGCCGAAGAAUAGGUGUAUAAUGGGUGGGAAGGGCAGGGGUGUUUUCGCGGAUUUCAGGAUGGCAAGGUUUCAAUUUCGAAUGAAUGCGUUGGCGGGGCGGAUACCAGGUGUUAAGAAGGCGAGCUGGUGA